UUGAAACGGUGACAGUCCAAGGAUUGAGUUGUUCAGAAGCCUAAAGACCACGUUGGACAAAUGUGAAGGCAGCAUGUCCGAGACAGCCGUGUGGCAACUGCAUGCACCUUCAUGCAACCAGCUACGUGGCCACGUGGCUGCAGCCGCCCUGGAAAUUGGAGUUGAUAUAUCUCUACAAGUUGCGAUCUCCGCAAGACAUUCUCGUGUAAACCGAUUGCGCAUCUGUCAAAUCCAAUUCAAGUCUAUCCGGUGAGUGUCGUUGCGGCGGAGUGACAUCGAAAGACCUGUCAAAAUGGUGGAUGUGGCGGCUCUGAUCAUUGCUGUGAUCCUCUUCGUGAUCCUGUCCCCGGGAUUGGUGCUCCAGAUUCCUGGAGAGGAGAGGCCCGUAGAAUUCACCAACAACAGGACGAGCCUGUCAUCGAUCGUCGUCCAUGCGAUUGUGUUUGGCAUACUGUUCUAUUUGUUACAGUUGGCAUUUGGAGUUCAUGGUGGAACAAAGUAAGUUUACCAGCGGACAUCCAGUUCUGCAUGUGGAAUGAUUCGGAUAAUUUGAUGUUGAAAUCUUUCGAAGAGGAGCCGGGGAAGCUUGCAGAAAGAGAUCUCCGAUAGUUGGAUUGAAAACAGAGCUCGUUUAUAUAGUUCUUUCAACUUACAGUGAAUAUCACUGAAGGUAGAAAAAUAGUGGAACAGGGAAUGUUAUGUGUACAGGUCUGAUGUCAAGAUGGUGUAAUGUAAAAGAACUUUCCUGAG